AUGGGCUCGAAUCAAGCAGACGACAAUGAGGGUAAGUUCAUCCUCACGAGGGAACUUCUCGACGAGGCUCUCCCCAAGUUCGCCAUUGCCACCAAGGCAGUCCAUGCCGACGACUUCUCUAGCACCCACAAGGCCAUUGCCCCGAGUAUGCACACCGCGGUCAACUUCCGGUAUCACCGUGACCCGGAUAGUCUGAAGUCGCAUGAAAAAAUUGAUCUGGAGGUCGGUGACAUUGUUCACAUCGAGACGCCGCUGAACCCUACCGGCACGGCGCGCAACCUUGAGUACUACGCCGAGAAGGCACAUGCCAGGGGCGCCUAUCUGGUCGUCGACUCGACCUUCGCGCCUCCGCCCCUUCAAAGCCCUCUGAACCAGGGUGCGGACCUGGUCAUGCAUAGCGGAACGAAGUACAUCGGCGGCCACCCCGAUAUGCUCUGCGGCCUCCUCGUGGUUCCGCAACAUCGAGUGGACGAGGGCUGGGACGCAACGCUGAUCGAAGACCGCCGUACCUACGGGUCCAUCAUGGGUAAUAUGGAGAGCUGGCUGGGACUGCGGUCGCUGCGCACCCUCGACCUGCGGGUCGAAAAGCAGUCUGCCACGGCCACGGAGCUCGUCAGCUGGCUCGGCACCGAGCUACAAAAGCCUGGCUCUGUCAUUGCCAGAACCAUUGAGAAAGUGGAGCACGCGUCGGUGCAGCACGAGGCUCUCAAGGACGGCUGGUUGCAGAAGCAGAUGCCGGGCGGCUACGGACCCAUCUUUUCCAUCUGGACCAAGAAGGCCGAGGUCGCUCAGAUACUUCCCAGUAGACUGUACGUUUUCCAGCACGCGACCAGCCUGGGGGGUGUGGAGAGCUUGAUGGAAUGGCGGGCCAUGAGCGAUGAGGGACGCGAUCCCCGGGUUCUGGGGGUGAGCUGUGGCGUGGAGGAUGUGGGGGAUAUGAAGGCGGAUAUUCAACAGGCGUUGGAGAAUCUCCGCUUCAUUCAUGGGAUCCUCCGCUUCGUACAGUAUUCUUCGGAACUUGCCUUUAGCGAAGCCCAGCAGCAAGCCAUUUACAACUCUGUGCGUCGCUACCUCCAGCCAGAACAAGAUGCACCACGCCUUUUUCCGCCACGGAUUGUGCUGGACGGGCUCAGCGAACACUUCAGGGGAGUUUUGGGCGCUGAAUACGAUAUUCAGACCUAUGAGCGACUUGCAGUGGAAGACCAUACCUGUUACAUCUUCUCGGAACUAUGCAAAAUUCCUGUCUCCCGAGAAGAGUUUGGGCUUAGGGAUGGUGUUCUGUUCUCAAGCCAUGCCAAUGUCUUGAGCGAGACCGAAAACGUCGAAACAGAUACUAAAGAUACCCACCCCCGUGGCCAGCCGGAUCAAUUCUUUAUCCAUCGUGUUGAUGACAAAACCACCACCCUUCUCACAACAGUCGAAUACAAGCCUCUACACAAGCUUCCUUUGGGGGAUAUCCGCAGGGGUCUUCGUGAUAUGGACUUGUGGAAAGAGAUGGUCUGGUCAAACAAGGUGCCAAAUAACGAGACUGAGUCAUUGGUCUAUAACUCGCAGCGGCUUGUCUGCUCAGCCAUUGUUCAGGAAUACCACGUCAUGAUUCAAGAAGGACUGGAAUAUUCCUAUGCUGGCGAGAGUACGGCAAAACUCGAGCAAACCGCAGAGCUUCGCAGGGAGAUCAAACGAUCGAACAAGGAAAUCCGCACGUUGGGAGUGCGACACCUUGACCUCCGGCCUGACAAUAUUCUAUGGAAUACCGAGCUAGGACGGGCUUUGAUAAUUGACUUUCACCGGUCCGAGUUGGAUAAACGGCCUGCUACAGACUGGCCGAGGUCACUGAAGAGGGCGUCUCAUAGUAGGACCCAGAUGCCCAAGGCUAAGCGAGCACGAGUGCUCCACUCACGUGUCCUCACCAAAAUCUUUCCCUUUCAACUUCUCUCGCCGCCUGCCCUUUGCCCUUCUCCCCUUCCCGUCAGUCACCGACAGGCUGAGCACAGCCAGUUUCCCCGACCAGCACGGAAACGUCGCGAAAGUCCCGUCCCCUCCAUCUCCAUCUCAUCCAUCCCAUCCUUUCCACGCGCCGUUUCCAGCGCAACCCUCCGCUUGGGGCCCUUCCCACUUCCCUUCGCCUUCGCCUUCGCGUUGGCUCCCCUUCCCUUCCCUUCCCACCCACCCCCGUCUUUCUGUUUGCCGCCUACCGCCCUGUCUCGUUCUCCCCCCGACCCGGCUCAAAACAUCACGAAACCUUUCGCCAAGGUCCAGAUACAGGCCGCUAUCUGUCGCAUCCUUCGACAUUAA